AUGAAUGACGAUUUGUUGGAUAACUAUAAUCCAUUAUAUGAUGUACAUUUGCGCCAAUACUUUGCUAUGCCACAUAUGCAACGUCAUUUAAGGAAUAUCGGCUUACUAGAUGAUGUUAGGCAUGGCGAAGAUAUGGAUGACAGGGAAAGUAAUAAACAUCAUCAUGCGAUAAUCGACAAAACGCUGCGAAAUCGUGAAGCUGAAUUGCAGAAAUAUGCUGACUUGCAGCGCAAAUUGCAUGCAGCGGAAAAAAUCGAAAUUUGCCGUAGGAUAAGAAGUGGCGCAGCAAGUCCAAGUGAUCAUCGUCGAACAAAGCCUUCCCGUAGUCUCAGUCGAGGGCGCUAUAUGAAAAGAUUGCGAAGACGUCGAUCAUCAGCCAGUAUCGAUGAUAAGGAUUUGGUGCAAAAAAUUGAAGCGGAAAAUGAAGAGCCAAUGUAUGAGAAUCCAUCGUUGGUUUACAAUAGAUUGUCGACGAAUAUACUCAAAUAUCGAUAUCUACAUAAGUUGGAUGACGAAACAUUAGCUCUCUAUAUGGAACAUUUGCGACGUCAAUUAAGCCGUUUGGAACGCUUUCGUCAAGUUUCAUUUGGACCAUUUUCAGUAGCACGACAUCAAAAUGAUCCUCAAGUGUCGUGGUUCUUCAGACGCAGGUCACUACCCAGUUUGACCGAUACUACGCCUACCACUACCAUUACUACUACCACUACUAUUACUUCUUCUGCUACACAAAGCAGUAUUCAUGAACAUCCGACUUUGAGAAGUAUCCAACAAUUGAAUCAGCAUCGCAGUCGUUCCAGUAAACCGCAAUUACAACGUAAUGAUAUAUACGAUAAUUCUCAUGGUAACCAUUCGCAAUCAAAACGUCUACGUAGUACCACCGAAAAUAAUGCUCGCUUGCCUCCUGUUUCACGAAACGUGAAAAGUGGUUUGACAGCAAUCAGAACAUCACAUAUAAAGAAAUCAACUCCAACAGAAGCAAAAAAAGUUGUUCAAAAAACAACAGCAACACCGACUGGACGUAAGCCAUUUGGUGUAGUUCAAAAAAUAAAACUGAAGACCGAUUCAGAGCUAGCUGAUGUUCAGGCAACAAUUUCUGCUGCUCCUAACUUAGUGGGUAAGUCAAGAAUGGAAUCAGAUAAGCAUAGAAGUGAAGGAUCAUCAUUGAAUUUGGAUGAUGAACGAGAAGUGUAUUCGAGUGUUAAUUCACCGGAAGAUACAGAUUUGAGACCCGGAGGAGACACAACAUCUGAGAAGUCAAUUUCGCCACUCAACCAAUCAAAAAUGUCACUGGAUGAUGAAAAGAGAUCUCAAUCGAAUUUGUCAGAGCAAAUGGUUGAACAAUCAGAAAUCGAGCAUUUAAAAAUUGAAAAUAAACAAAACUCUAACUUGCUAUUCAAUUUAUCGCCAGAAAUGUUGGAGAAGACAGAAUUGGAAUCAGUAAAUAAGGAAACUCCUCUUGUUUCUAAAUGGAUGGCAUCUGGAGCAGUAGAAAAUCUUGUAAGCCGUGAAACUCCGACUAAUUUAAUCGCGAAUGAAAUUGAUUCGUGCGAAAUGAUAGUACCCGAAGAGAUCAAUGCGAAUCGAAAACUGAAUGGAAAUAGAAUAGAAACAGAAAAUAAAUCGGAAAGAUUGCCUACAGGUGAAAGUUCAACUACUGAAAGUGAAAUUGUUCAAAUUGGCAAGCAGCAGGAUCAACGCAAUCAGUUAGAAGAAAUGUUCACAGAAUUACCGACAGAAGAAUUGAAACUGAAUAAAAUGAUUGUGGGAGAGUUUGAAAAACCUGAUGAGAUUAUUUCAUCAUCAACAGGAACGCGUAACUUGGAGAUUGAAAAACUCAUACUUCCCGAAGAUAAACUACCGGAAAUAAAUGAUAUUGAAAUGUCAGUUGAAGUACCUAUGCUUGUAGACAGCAAUACUUUUUCACAUGCUGCAAACCAGAAAGUCAUGUCUAAUGAAGCUGAAUGCGAUAUGAAUGAAUUUGUCGCAAUUAACGGAGAAAUUUUGGAAAUAUCGCCAGGUGGUGAACUGAAAGAAUACGAUUCCUUUGCGAUAACCGAAGCUUAUUCACCUGAUUUAAAAGAGGAAACUCUUGUUGCAGAAAAAAAUCUGGAAGAAAGAGUGGAAAACCCUAAUCCGAUUGACGAAGAUUUGGUAUCCUCUGCGGUAUACCCCGAAAAAUCUAAUUCUGUCGACGAACAGGAAAGCGCUGUGUGCUGCACAGAAAUCGAAUCCACAGAUGGUGAACAAGAAUCCGCAGAUAAACCUAUUCAUUUCACGCAUGUAACGAAGGUUGAAUCAGCAAUAGAUCAGGAUGCAAGAGAACAUAUUAAGAAAUUGUCGAAAUUGCCAGAAUCAAUUCCGGUGAUGGAUGAUGAAAAGAUGACGAAGUCAGAAAUUUCUUUUGAGCAAGUACGAGAUUCCACUGCAAAUGAGUAUGAAUUGUCUAAUAGUGAACAAUUAAGUGAGGAAACUGAAAUUGCAAAUGGUAUGACAAAAAAAGAAGAAUUGGAAUCUAUGAAAGGUGUUUUUCAGGUGGAAAAACUUCCUGAUUGUUCAAUUGAUGAACAGCUAAAAUAUGAGGAAAAAAACAUUGUAACGAAAAACGGCGUGACUGAUGGAAGUUUUGGAGAAAAAUCUCAACAACCUGAUGCUAAUAUAGAUGGUCUGGAAUUCAUUAGCAAUCCUGAAACUGAAGAAAAAUCAGAAUCAUUUUUCACGAAUGAUGCACCCUUAAUUGCGAAUUUUUGUACUGAAAUUAGCAAGGAAAUUAUCGAAAGCAUGGAAGUACAACAGACAAAGAAAGACGAUUCAGAAAAAUGGUUAGGAGCAGAGGUUUCAGAGGCAAAAUCAAUAGCCGGAGCAGAAAUAACAAACAACGGAGUCCAAAAAGUCAACGAUGUCUUGCAAACAGAAUCAGAACCGCCAGAAUCAGCUAGAAGUGAUUCUGUUACUCAGCAACUUAUGCAGUACAUGAAAAGCUCGAUAUAUGAUGAUGCAUUAGUUGAAGGGAGUAAAAUAAUAGUUCAGGAAACAGAACCAGAAAUGGGUGAAAUGAAUGCAGUGGAAAUAGAGAGAGUACCAGAAGCAAUAUUAUUGAAUGCUAAAAAUUUGAUAAUUGAGGGCAUAACGAAUAAUUCGGAACCUGUGAUUGUUGGCAUGCAAGAAUCCCAGCCAUUUAUUUUAACUCCAAUUGAAAAGCGUGAAUCAGAUGUUCAAGAAAAUGUUCUCACUUCCAACAUCUUCGAUUCGAUGUCCUCAAAUGCUGAUGACUCUUUUGAAAAAGAGUAUAGGACAGAAGAAAUCCUGAAUAAAUCCACCGAUGAUCUUAACUUAACAAAAGGAGAGUCUAACUCAUUUGAGCAUGCUGUAGAUUCAUUGACAUCAGACAUUCUGAGAACAGAUAUGACUUCAGUAGAAUCAAAUUCUGAAGUAACUUUCGAAAAAAAAUCUGAGAAAGUGGCACAUUCCAUUCCAGCAAAUAAUAUAAAAGAAUUGGAAACAAAAGAAGCAGUAAGGGAAAACGAGGCAUUGUCGGAAGUACAUUAUGCUUCUCAUGAAGUACUACCAUCUGAAGCGAUUGUAUGUGAAAACUUGGGAAAAGUAACUGUUGCAGGAAUGUUUGAUGUCGGAGGAAUCCCAAAAAUUGUGGUUUGUAGUGAUGAGACAGUCGUUCCGGAUGUAGAAAAAAUGGAAAAUUUAGUGGUGCAAUCUGAUAAAGAGAAUAUCGAAGAAUAUCAGGUGGAAGCUGGUGCUAAAACAUUGCAUCAACAAAAACCACCGCAAGAAAUUAAAGAUAUGGAGCAAUCCGAAAUAUUCAGGAAUGAAGAAGUGAUAACUUCGGUCAGAAGUGAUGCUUCGGAAGAAUUAGAUGAUGGAAAGCAAUCGACGAAAGGAUAUCUGAAUAAAUUUUUGCAACAAUAUGUACAUGAUAUGGUACAAAAUAUUACUCAAAUAGCUGAAGAACGAACGAAAACAAGUAAGGCUUUGGAGGAAGGGGCAGAACAAAUUGAAAUCCGAGAAACAGAUGAAAGUCAACAUGUGCUGCCAGUGCCGGAAUGUAUCCCCGAAUUUCCAACUCAAGUUUCAGCUAUCGGUUUUUCAAAAUCAGAAUUUGACGAAGCGCUGCAAAAACAAGUUGAAAAUGUCCACUCUCACUGUAGCGUACUCUCAUCCAUGAUUACGACCAAUGAUUCUGAUGAAAGUACGGAAGCAUUGGAAUCAAGUGGCAUCACUGGAGAACCGAUGACCAUAUCAAGUCCUUAUCAUGCUACUAUUAUAGGAGGAUCUGAAGAAGGACAAGAUAAUGGUGUGCUGGGUGGACAUGGAUUGGGUGCUGAAUACGAUAUUACAUCACAAGAAGUAGGAAGUGAUGCUGUUGAAGAAUUUUCUGAUGAUAUUGAACGUAUCGGGCAAGUAGAGCGAUAUGCACAAGAAUUGGAAUUGGAAUUCGAGAAAGGGAAAUUAGAAUCGGAAAUUUUUCAAACUAAAUCAUUUACUAACAAUAUGUUGCAAAAAUAUCAUUUAAUUGUCAGUGGUUUAACAGCAAAUGGACAACUCAUUUUGAGUUCUGUAAGUGAAUCGAUACCAUCACCGGAGGACAAAUUCAUCAAUUAUUUUCCUCCAAAUAAUGAUGAUUAUGAGACUGUUAAUGACAAAAUCGAAUUCGUCAGUGAUAGAAACGGAAAUCCGGAAUGGCAAGUUUGUGACAUGCAACAUAUUCCAUCAGAUGUAUUGAAUGAAUCGAAUAUUUGUGCAGCUGAUAUGAAUGCAAAUAUUUCAUCAUUGCAGGAAACAGUCCAUAUGAAAUCAAUAAAGCAUGAGCAAGAAAUGGACAAACAUAGCGCGAUAAGCGAUGAGCAUCUCUUCUUGGAACAAAGUAAUACAGAAACAGAAGAACGUGAAACUGUUAAUUAUAACAGUAAGUGUUUAUAG